CGCAUUUCCUAGAGCUUUGUCUUAAAACACUGGCGAGGUCGGAGCGGGGACGCCGGCUAGCCCCGCAUGAGAGGUCUCUAGGAAGACGCACUGAAUGGCUGCUCCAGCCUAGGAACUCCGGCCCCGCGGCGGAGUCGAGUGGUGGCGGUGGCGGGACAGUUUGUUUUGAGCACCGAAGGCGCAGCACCCGGAAGUGGCGCCGUAUCGGAGCUGCGCCGCCGCCGGGAGCGGGUGCCGGGUGCUGGGUACCGGGAGGUGGAGGGGACGCAACAGUACUUUUCGGCCUUCUGACUUUGACGCCUCUGCCUGCGCCUUGAAAGAUGCUGGAGUCUUAUGUGACUCCAAUUUUAAUGAGCUAUGUGAAUCGCUACAUCAAGAAUUUAAAGCCGUCAGAUCUACAGCUUUCACUAUGGGGUGGAGACGUGGUUCUCAGCAAGCUCGAGUUAAAGUUGGAUGUGCUGGAACAGGAAUUGAAAUUACCAUUCACUUUUUUAAGUGGACAUAUUCAUGAGUUGAGGAUCCAUGUACCAUGGACAAAACUUGGUUCAGAACCAGUGGUAAUUACCAUCAAUACAAUGGAAUGCAUUUUGAAACUUAAAGAUGGAAUACAGGAUGACCAUGAAAGCUGUGGUUCUAAUUCUACCAACCGUAGUACUACUGAGAACGUGAAAUCAUCAGUAAAACCCCGAAGAAUUCAGCAGGCUGCUCCCACAGAUCCUGAUUUACCACCAGGUUAUGUGCAGAGUUUGAUUAGACGAGUUGUAAAUAAUGUAAAUAUUGUUAUAAAUAAUCUCAUACUAAAAUAUGUUGAAGAUGAUAUUGUUCUUUCAGUCAAUAUCACUUCUGCAGAAUGCUAUACAGUAGGUGAAUUAUGGGAUCGUGCAUUCAUGGAUAUUUCUGCAACUGAUCUGGUGUUGAGAAAGGUUAUCAAUUUUUCCGACUGUACAGUUUGUCUUGAUAAACGAAAUGCUAGUGGUAAAAUUGAAUUUUACCAGGAUCCUUUAUUGUAUAAAUGUUCCUUCAGAACUCGUCUGCAUUUCACAUAUGAUAACCUAAAUUCCAAGAUGCCAUCUGUUAUUAAAAUUCAUACUUUAGUAGAGAGUUUGAAACUUUCUAUCACAGAUCAACAACUGCCUAUGUUUAUCCGUAUAAUGCAGCUUGGGAUUGCUCUUUACUACGGGGAAAUAGGCAAUUUUAAAGAUGGAGAUACAGAAGAUCCUACCUGUCACAAUAAAGAUAUGUUAGGAAACAUUGCGGGUGCUGAAGAUGAAGCAAGAAUAGAUACGCAGUAUCCUGCUCAGUACAAAGGCCAAGAACUGUAUUCACAGCAAGACGAUGAGCAGCCACAGGGAUGGGUAUCCUGGGCCUGGUCAUUUGUGCCUGCAAUUGUGAGUUAUGAUGAUGGCGAGGAAGACUUCCUGGGGAAUGAUCCUACAUCAGCCAUGCACCAGCAAAAAGCACAGACUUUGAAGGAUCCUAUCGUGUCUGUAGGAUUUUAUUGUACAAAGGCAACUGUAACUUUCAAACUCACUGAAAUGCAAGCUGAGAAUAGUUAUUAUAGCCCUCAGAAAGUAAAAUCUAAAGAAGUAUUAUGUUGGGAACAAGAAGGAACUACCAUUGAGGCCCUUAUGAUGGGAGAGCCUUUUUUUGAUUGCCAGAUUGGUUUUGUAGGUUGCAGAGCCAUGUGCCUUAAAGGAAUUAUGGGUGUUAAAGAUUUUGAAGAGAAUAUGAAUAGAAGUGAAACCGAAGCCUGUUUCUUCAUUUGCGGUGAAAAUUUGAGUGUGAAAGGUUUGACAUACCUUACAAAUUCACUGUUUGAUUACCGAAGUCCAGAAAAUAAUGGUACUCGUGCAGAAUUUAUCUUGGAUGCAGCUCAUCAUAAGGAGACAUACACUGAGAUAGCUGGAAUGCAAAGGUUUGGGGCUUUUUACAUGGAUUACCUGUAUACAAUGGAGAACAUCAGUGGCAAAGGUUCUGCAAAUCAACAAGACUUUUCUUCAGGGAAAAGUGAAGAUACGGGAAUAGUUCAGGAGAAGUCUACCAAAAGCCUUGUUAUAGGUCCUCUAGAUUUUCGUUUGGAUAGCAGCGCAGUACAUAGAAUUUUGAAAAUGAUUGUUUGUGCCUUGGAACAUGAGUAUGAACCAUAUAGUGGACUAAAGCCAGAUAUUAAGGAUGAAAAUAAAACCACACUGAAUCCAGAAGAAGUGGCGUCUUUGGAGGAAUAUAUUCCUACUCGACACACAAGUAUCACUCUUCUCAAAUGUACCUGCACUAUUUUCAUGGCUGAAUUCAACUUGUUGGAUCAUUUGUUGCCUGUUAUUAUGGGAGAAAAGAACUCAGGUAACUUCAUGAAUACUACAAACUUCCAGUCUCUUCGGCCUUUGCCAUCCAUUCAGAUAUUGGUGGAUAAAAUUAAUCUGGAACAUUCUGUGCCAAUGUAUGCUGAACAAUUGGUGCAUGUGGUCAGCAGCCUUUCCCACCCAUCUGAUAAUCUGCUUCAUUAUUGUUAUGCACACUGUUACCUUAAGAUAUUUGGUUUCCAGGCAGGACUGACAUCUUUGGAUUGUAGGGGAUCUUACUGCUUACCUGUAUCGAUUAUUCCCUCUUUCAGCACUGCUCUGUAUGUUAAACUUCUGAAAUUACCCACAUGCUGGACCAAAAGAUCUCAGAUUGCUAUAACUGAAGGUAUAUUUGAACUUCCAAAUCUCACAAUUCAAGCUACAAGAGCACAGACAUUGCUGUUGCAAGCAAUAUAUCAAAGUUGGUCUCAUAUUGGAAACGUCAACUCUUUAUCAGUGAAUGAAGCUUUGAUGAAUGAAGUUUUCCAAACUAUAGGUGUGAAAUCUAAGAAUCCCCUGCCAACUCUUGAGGGCUCAAUCCAGAACGUUGAAUUGAAGUACUGCAGCACAUCAUUGGUCAAAUGUGCCUCUGGGACCGUGGGAUCAAUAAAAGUUUGUGCCAAAGCCCCAGGUGACAAUGGAAAAGAGAAAUUGAUUCCAUUGCUUCAGGGUCCUUCUGACACUAAAGACCUUCAUAGCAGCAAAUGGCUCAAUGAGAGUAGAAAGCCAGAAUCUCUCUUAGCUCCAGAUUUGAUAGCCUUCACAGUCCAAGUUCCACAGUAUAUGGACUACUGCCAUAAUUCUGGUGCUGUACUUCUUUGUAGUAUGCAAGGACUAGCAGUUAACAUUGACCCAGUCUUAUAUACCUGGCUCAUUCAUCAGCCUCAGAAACGAACCAGUAGACAUAUGCAGCAGCAACCUGUGGUGGCUGUUCCUCUUGUUAUGCCAAUUAGCAGAAGGAAAGAGGAUGAGGUGUCUGUUGGAAGUGCACCCCUGGCAAAGCAACAGUCAUACCAGGCAUCUGAAUAUGCCAGCAGCCCUGUGAAAACAAAAACAAUAACAGAAUCUCGACCACUGUCAGUGCCUGUGAAAGCCAUGCUGAAUAUAUCUGAAGGCUGUAGAAGUCCUGAAGAAAGAAUGAAAGAAUUUAUUGGAGUAGUAUGGAAUGCAGUAAAGAGUCUCACACUGCAGCUUGAAGUAGAGUCUUGUUGUGUUUUCAUUCCAAAUGAUAGCCUGCCUUCCCCAAGUACAAUUGUAUCUGGUGACAUUCCUGGGACAGUAAGAAGUUGGUACCAUGGACAAACCAGCAUGCCAGGAAUGCUUGUCAUCUGUUUGCCUCAAGUAAAGAUCAUCAGUGCCGGCCACAAGUACAUGGAACCUCUGCAGGAGAUUCCGUUUGUCAUUCCACGACCCAUCCUUGAAGAAGGUAAUGCUUUUCCUUGGACCAUCAGCUUGCAUCAUUUCAGCAUGUAUACCCUUUUCGGAAAACAAGUGACACUUUGUUUAGUGGAACCUAUGGGUUGUACCUCUACUCUAGCUGUUACAUCUCAAAAACUACUCGCUACAGGACCUGAUACAAGGCAUUCAUUUGUUGUCUGUCUCCAUGUUGACCUAGAGUCGCUUCAGAUAAAAUGCUCGAACCCUCAGGUGCAGCUCUUCUAUGAGCUGACUGAGACCAUGAGCAAGGUCUGGAAUAAGAUUCAGAGGAGGGGCAAUCUCAGUCCUCCAUCAGCCUAUCCAGAAACCGUGGCCGGGCCUGUCCCUGGUUCCCCGGUGAGAAGCAGUGUAGGCACCGCUCCUCCAGACACCAGCACAUGCAGCCCAUCUGCUGAUGUUGGAACUACCACUGAGGGAGAUUCUGUGCAAGCAGGAGAUGAUUCACCCUUCUCAGAUUCUGUUACCUUGGAACAAACUACAAGUAACAUUGGUGGAUCUAGUGGACGUGUUAGUCUGUGGAUGCAGUGGGUGCUUCCCAAAAUUACUAUAAAGCUCUUUGCUCCAGAUCCUGAAAAUAAAGGCACAGAACUUUGUGUGGUCAGUGAACUAGAAGACCUCAGUGCUUCCGUAGACGUUCAGGAUGUGUACACCAAAGUGAAAUGUAAAAUAGAAAGUUUCAAUGUUGAUCACUAUAGAAGCAGGCCAGGGGAAGGUUGGCAGUCAGGACAUUUUGAAGGAGUAUUUCUACAGUGCAAAGAAAAACCUGUGACAACAGCAAAACUUCUAGAUGGCUCUCAUCAGCAGCAUGGAUUUCUCUCUUUGACAUACACAAAAGCUGUAACAAAAAAUGUCCGCCACAAGUUAACAUCAAGAAAUGAGCGAAGAACUUUUCAUAAGUUAUCUGAAGGUUUAACGGAUGGUUCCCCUCAUUUUCUCCAUGAAAUUCUUCUUUCAGCACAAGCUUUUGAUAUUGUCCUUUGUUUUCCUUUGCUUAAUGCCAUUGCAAAUAUAUUUCAAGCAAAACUACCAAGGACCCAAAAAGAGAAAAGAAAAUCUCCUGGUCAGCCCAUGAGGAGCCAUACAUUGACUUCACGCAGCUUACCUUUGAUUUAUAUCAACACAAGUGUAAUCAGGAUUUUUGUUCCAAAAACAAAAGAAAUGCAGCCAAAUAUUGAAGUUACUCAGGCAGCAAGAGAGGACACCAUGGUUUUGAAGAUUGGUUCUGUUGCUAUGGCUCCCCAAGCUGACAACCCCCUGGGCAGGUCUGUCCUCAGGAAAGAUAUUUACCAGAGAGCUAUGAACCUGGGAAUUCUUCGAGAUCCUGGAUCAGAAAUUGAAGACAGACAAUACCAAAUCGAUUUGCAGUCCAUCAAUAUUGGCACUGCCCAGUGGGAUCAACUAAAACCGGAGAAGGAAAGUGGCACAGGCGGGGUACUAACAGAGAGUGAAAGAAACUCUCAGAAUCCAGCCCUUGAGUGGAAUAUGGCCAGCAGCAUACGGCGACAUCAAGAAAGAAGAGCAAUUUUGACUCCCAUUUUAACAGAUUUUUCUGUCCGAAUAACUGGAGCACCUGCUAUCAUUUUCACCAAAAUAAUUUCUCCAGAAAAUAUGCACACUGAGGAGAUUUUAGUGUGUGGCCAUUCCUUGGAAGUGAAUAUAACCACAAACCUGGACUUCUUCCUAAGUGUGGCUCAAGUUCAACUCUUACAUCAGUUAAUAGUAGCAAAUAUUACUGGACUGGAACCAUCAAGCAAGGCCACAGAGAUCUCUAAGCAAGAACAGAAAAAAACGGAUACAUUUGACGGAAAUGUGACCGAAACCUCGUCUCGGUACAGUGGCGCUCAGGAUAGUGGAAUUGGCAGCGACAGUGUUAAAAUCAGAAUAGUGCAGAUAGAGCAGCACAGCGGUACCAGUCAGCAUCGCAUCGCCCGUCCCUCACGCCAGUCCUCGGUUGUAAAAAAUCUCAAUUUUAUUCCCUUUGACAUAUUUAUUACUGCAAGUAGAAUCUCACUGAUGACCUAUUCCUGUACGGCCAUCCCCAAAUCAAAAUCGCAAGAACAUAAGGAUGAUGAAAAAACGGGCAAGAGUUCAUUAAAUCUCCCAGAAGUCGGUUCAGAUGUUGCUAAGCCCAGCCAGGCAUGUAUUUCUACUGUAACGGCAGAAGAUCUCUUGAGCAGCAGCCUAUCUUUUCCUUCGGGGAAAAAAAUAGGGGUCAUGUCUCUUGAAAGUCUCCACGCGUCCACACGGUCCUCUGCUAGACAGGCGCUUGGUAUCACUAUCAUUCGGCAGCCUGGACGAAGAGGAACUGGUGACCUGCAGCUGGAACCUUUUCUGCACUUCAUUGUGUCCCAGCCUUCUUUGCUUCUAAGUUGUCACCACAGAAAGCAGCGAGUGGAAAUAUCCAUUUUUGAUGCUGUGCUUAAAGGGGUAGCCCCUGAUUACAAAUGUACAGAUCCCGGAAAGACUCUGCCUGAAUCCCUUGACUACUGCACAGUUUGGCUACAGACAGUGCCUGGGGAAAUAGACAGCAAAAGCGGCAUUCCAGCUUCCCUGGUAACGCUGCAGAUUAAAGACUUUCUUAAUGGACCAGCUGAUAUCAACUUGGAUAUAUCGAAGCCUUUGAAGUCAAACCUGAGUUUUACCAAGCUGGAUCAGAUAAACCAUUUUUUAAAGAAGAUAAGAUGUGUACACAGCCAAGAGGCCUCAGCCCCAUCGGACGCCGUGUGGAAUAAGGAUGAGUUUCCAGCCUCAAAAUGUUACCGUGGAAAAUUGUCUAAACCUAAAGUUCACGGUGAUGGAGCACAAAGAAUUCUAUUUCAGGAAAACCUGUGGAGAACUAUUUCUUGCUUUCAAAAAAUUUCUGUCCAUACUACCCAGAUUGUGGUCUCCAUGGAAACCGUUCCCCAUCCUAAUAAACCGUGCCUGUUAGCAUCUUUAUCUACCCUCAGUGGAAGCCUUAAUGUCAAAGCAGCACAAAAAGUACCAGGUAUAAUUCUUGGGUCAUCAUUUCUCCUCAACAUAAAUGAUUUUCUGCUUAAAACAAGUCUCAAAGAAAGAAAUAGGAUCCUGAUAGGACCAUGCUGUGCUACUGUCAAUCUGGAAGCUAAAUGGUGUAAACACAGUGGCAAUCCAGGCCCAGAGCAGUCCAUACCAAAAAUAUCCAUUGAUUUAAGAGGAGGUCUGCUACAGGUUUUCUGGGGUCAAGAACAUUUGAAUUGUUUAGUUCUUCUACAUGAAUUACUCAAUGGAUACCUUAACCAAGAGGGAAAUUUUGCAGUGCACGUUCCUGAAACAGUGCCACAAAUGCCAUCUCCUAUAGAAAAGAACCAGAUGUUUAAAAGUGAACAAAGUUCAGAUGACCUACGGACAGGCCUGUUCCAGUAUAUACGAGACGCUGAACCUCUGAAAAUGCCUGGUGUCUACGAAGUCUUGUUUUACAAUGAAACUGAAGAUAGCCCGGGGAUGAUGUUAUGGAGGUAUCCAGAACCGAGAGUGCUCACCCUGGUACGGAUCACUCCCGUGCCCUUCAACACCACGGAGGACCCAGAUAUCAGCACGGCAGACCUGGGCGAUAUGCUACAGAUUCCUUGUUGUUUGGAAUACUGGGAUGAACUCCAGAAGGUUUUUGUUGCGUUUCAAGAGUUUAGUCUGUCUGAAAGCAAAGUUUGUGAACUGCAGUUGCCGGACAUCAACCUUGUGAAUGACCAGAAGAAAUUGGUAUCCUCGGAUCUUUGGAGAAUUGUCUUGAACAGCAGUCAAAAUGGUGCUGAUGACCAAAGCUCUGCAAGUGAAUCUGGUUCUCAAAGCACCUGCGACCAACUUGUAACGCCAACAGCCCUCGCGGCCUGUACCAGAGUCGACUCCUGUUUUACCCCGUGGUUUGUCCCGUCUCUGUGCAUCGCUGUCCAGUUCGCUCACCUUGAGUUCCGUCUUUGUCAUCACCUUGAUCAACUAGGCACAGCUCCACCGCAAUACCUACAGCCAUUUAUUUCUGAUAAAAAUAUGCCCUCUGAACUUGAAUAUAUGAUUAUUGCCUUCAGAGAGCCGCACCUGUAUCUUCGACAAUGGAACAGUAGUUCUGUCUGUCGGGAGAUCCGCUUCUCAGCUCAAGCAGACUGUAAACUCCUAGAGUGCAGAAACGCCACAAUGCAAAGCGUGGUGAAACCCUUCAGCAUCUUCGGGCAGAUGGCUGUCGCCCGCGGUGCAGCCGAGAAGCUGCUUGACUGCACCGUCGUGGUGGACUCGGUAUUUGUAAACUUCGGGCAGCAUGUGGUGCAUUCUCUCAACACCGCAGUACAAGCGUGGCAGCAGAACAAAUGCCCUGAGGUAGAGGAGUUGGUCUUCAGCCAUUUUGUGAUCUGUAAUGACACACAGGAGACACUGCGGUUUGGCCAGGUGGAUACCGAUGAAAAUAUUCUGCUGGCUAGUCUCCGAAGUCACCAGUACAGCUGGCGCUCUCACAAAUCCCCACAGCUGUUACACAUCUGUAUUGAAGGUUGGGGCAAUUGGCGCUGGUCAGAGCCCUUCAGUGUGGACCACACUGGGACUUUUAUCAGGAGUAUUCAGUACAAGGGUCGAACCGCUUCGCUUGUCAUCAAGGUUCAGCAACUCAACGGAGUGCAAAAACAGAUUAUCAUCUGUGGAAGACAGAUCAUCUGUAGUUACUUGUCUCAAAGUAUAGAAUUAAAAGUCGUUCAGCAUUACACUGGUCAAGAUGGACAAGCUGUGAUUCGAGAACAUUUUGACUGCCUCACAGCCAAGCAGAAAUUACCUUCAUACAUACUAGAAAACAGUGAACUGACAGAGUUGUGUGUAAAGGCCAAAGGAGAUGAAGAUUGGUCAAGAGACGUGUGCUUGGAAUCUAAGUCCCCUGAGUAUAGCAUUGUCAUUCAGGUGCCAUCUUCAAACAGUUCCAUUUUUUACGUCUGGUGCACAGUUUUGACAUUAGAACCCAACACUCAAGUGCAACAGCGAAUGAUUGUGUUCAGCCCUCUUUUUAUCAUGAGAAGUCAUCUUCCAGACCCCAUUAUCAUACAUUUGGAGAAAAGGAGUCUUGGAUUGAGUGAAACACAAAUUAUUCCAGGAAAAGGACAGGAAAAACCACUGCAAAACAUAGAACCUGACCUUGUACAUCAUCUAACGUUUCAAGCAAGAGAAGAAGACGACCCCUCACACUGUGCCCUCCCCAUCUCCACGUCCCUCAUUAAGCAAAUAGCCACUAAGAUACACCCGGGAGGCACAGUGAAUCAGAUCCUUGACGAGUUCUAUGGGCUGGAAAAGUCCCUCCAGCCCCUGUGGCCCUAUAACAAAAAGGAUUCCGACAGGAAUGAACAGCUGAGUCAGUGGGAUAGCCCAAUGCGAGUGAAGCUGUCAGUCUGGAAACCAUAUGUUAGAACCUUGUUGAUAGAACUUCUACCCUGGGCCCUGCUUAUCAAUCAAUCCAAAUGGGACCUCUGGUUGUUUGAAGGAGAGAAGAUUGUUCUACAGGUUCCUGCUGGCAAGAUUAUUAUCCCUCCUAAUUUUCAGGAAGCUUUUCAAAUUGGAAUAUACUGGGCAAAUACAAACACUGUGCAUAAGUCAGUGGCAAUUAAACUGGUCCAUAACCUGACGUCUCCGAAGUGGAAAGAUGGAGGUAAUGGUGAAGUCGUGUCCUUGGAUGAAGAAGGCUUUGUGGAUGCUGAAGUAAGACUCGGUGCUUUCCCGGGACGUCAGAAGUUAUGUCAGUUCUGCAUCUCCUCCAUGGUUCAGCACGGUAUCCAGAUCCUUCAGAUCGAAGACAAGACCAUGAUAAUCAAUAAUACACCAUAUCAGAUAUUUUAUAAGCCGCAGUUAUCUGUCUCCAAACCCCACUCUGGGACGGAGUAUUUUCAUAUUCCAGACAGUACCACUUUCAGCAUCUGCCCAGGUGGAGAGCCGCCUGCUGUGAAAUCCAGCUCCCUUCCUUGCUGGGACCUAAUGCCUGACAUCAGCCAGUCACCACUGGAGGCGUCCCUGCUGCAGAAACAGAUCUUGCUGGCCUUUUCUCCCGCCUCGGGGGCCAGCGGCUCACAGUGCUGGAGCCUGCCGGCCAUAGUCAGACACGAGUUUCCCAGACAGAGUGUAGCUGUGCCCUGCGGAAGCUGGGGGAAAGACAGACUCAGCACCAGGGCAGUCGCACUGACAUAUCAAGAGCACUUUGGAGUGACGUAUUUAACCCUCACAGAAGACCCUAGUCCUCGGAUAAUUUUCCACAACAGAUGUCCAGUAACAAUCCUUAUAAAGGAGAACAUUAAAGAUAUUCCCAAGUUUGAGGUUUAUUGCAGAAGGAUUCCUUCCGAGUGUUCAAUUCAUCAUGAACUGUAUCAUCAGAUUUCCAGUUAUCCAGACUGCAAGACCAGAGACUUCCUUCCGAGCCUCUUUUUGAGGGUAGAGUCCGUGGAAGGCACAACCGAGUGGAGCGACUCCAUCGACGUCAACAGUCAGGGAACACAGGUUGUGUUCCUGACUGGCUUCGGCUAUGUAUAUGUGGACAUUGUCCUUCACGGUGGCACGGUCUUCAUCACUGUGGCCCCAGAAGGAAAAAUGGGUCCUAUUUUAACCACUACCAACAGAACUCUGGAGAAGCUUGUGACAUUUAAAGUGUUCGUCACUCAGUUGAGCUUGGUCGUGUUUGAUGACCUCACCCACCACAGAGUAUCAUCUGAACUUCUGAGGCUCACGCUGGACAACGUUUUCCUCCAGAUGGCCCCCAUGACUGGCCAGCUCCCCGGGGAGGAGGCCACCGCAGCGCCGCCCCAGCCUCACUGCGUGGAGCUCUACUGUGGGGACCUGCAGUUGGACAACCAGCUGUAUAACAAGUCCAGUUUCCACUUCGCUGUGUUAGUCUGCCAGGGGGAAAAAGCAGAACCCAUGCCAUGUCCCAGAAUGCAGAGCCUCCUUGUAUCCAGCAGAGAGCUGGAAGAAUACAAGAAAAGUUGUUUCAUCAAACUUUGCCUCACCUUAACCCAGGGCAAGAGCUUCUUACUUGAUGAGAUUAACGAGUUCAAUUUUGAACUGAAACCUGCCCAGUUAUACGUGGAAGACACAUUUGUGCACUACAUCCGAACUUUGUUCCAGACCUACCUUCCGGACAGCACCCUGGCCGGGCACCCCGAGGGACUCACAGGCGGCAAACAGAUGUUGCCCGUGCAGGUCAGACAGCACGCCAGGGCCUUGGUGAAUCCUGUGAAGCUACGCAAACUGGUGAUACAGCCGGUGAGCCUCCUCGUCAGCGUCCAUGCCUCCCUCAAGCUGUACAUUGCCUCGGACCACACGCCGCUGUCCUUCUCCGUGUUUGAGAGAGGCCCCGUCUUCACCACAGCCAGACAGCUCGUCCACGCCCUGGCCAUGCACUAUGCCGCGGGGGCUCUUUUCCGAGCAGGCUGGGUGGUUGGAUCUCUGGAAAUCCUCGGCAGCCCCGCCAGUCUGGUGCGAAGCGUCGGGAAUGGCAUCGCCGACUUCUUCAGGCUUCCGUACGAGGGGCUGACCAGAGGCCCGGGAGCCUUCGUGAGUGGAGUCUCCAGAGGGACAACGUCCUUUGUGAAGCACAUUUCCAAAGGUACCCUCACCUCCAUCACCAACCUGGCCACGAGCCUGGCCCGGAACAUGGACCGCCUCUCGCUGGAUGAAGAGCACUACAACCGGCAGGAGGAGUGGCGGCGACAGCUUCCCGAGAGCCUGGGCGAGGGGCUGCGACAGGGCCUGUCCCGCCUGGGCAUCAGCCUGCUCGGUGCAGUUGCCGGCAUAGUCGAUCAGCCCAUGCAGAACUUCCAGAGAACAUCCGACGCUCAUGCUUCAGCAGGACACAAGGCCAAGGGCGUCAUCUCGGGCGUGGGGAAAGGAAUCAUGGGGGUGUUCACAAAGCCCAUCGGAGGAGCCGCUGAACUCGUGUCCCAGACUGGCUACGGUAUUUUACAUGGAGCUGGACUUUCUCAGCUUCCCAAACAGCGCUAUCAGCCCUGUGAUCUACAUGCCGACCAGGCCCCAAACAGCCACGUCAAAUAUGUCUGGAAAAUGCUUCAGUCCCUGGGCAGACCAGAAGUCCACAUGGCCCUAGAUGUGGUUCUGGUGAGGGGCUCAGGCCAGGAGCACGAAGGGUGCCUGCUGCUGACCUCGGAAGUGCUCUUUGUGGUGAGCGUCAGCGAGGACACGCAGCAGCAGGCCUUCCCGGUCACGGAGAUCGACUGUGCGCAGGACAGCAAGCAAAACAACCUGCUCGUCGUGCAGCUCAGGCAGCCACGGGUGGCCUGUGAUGUGGAGGUGGAUGGAGCUCGAGAGAGACUGUCUGAGCAACAGUACAAUCGACUUGUGGACUAUAUCACAAAGACAUCCUGUCACCUGGCCCCCAGCUGCUCGUCUCUGCCGACAGCAUGCCCGGUGGUGGCUGCGGAACCCCUCCCCUCCACCGUGAAGACAUACCACUAUAUGGUAGAUCCACAUUUUGCUCAAGUCUUCAUUAGUAAAUUUAACAUGGUAAAAAAUAAAGCCCUGAGGAAAGGGUUCCCUUGAGUACACUCUGAGGUGCUGAUCCCUGCUUGUAUGAUUUAUUUUUUAAAAAGAAACCGAACUAGCUCUAAGAGUAUCUAAGAUGAACACAAGGCCAAUACUUUAAUUAUAGAUAAUUUUUCAGACUCUUCUAAAAUUAAUUCAGAUUCUUUUCCCUAAAACUAAGAAGAUACUUUAAAAUGCAAUUUAAAAAAAAAAAAAAAAACUCGUCCCUUUCCCAUUUGACAGUGAUUAAAAGAGUCUCUGUUGUCAUCUCGUCACACACGUACUCCCUUCUAAUAGUAUUUGCUGAAUUGUUUACUAUAAUUAAGGUCUGUUAACUCUGUUCUAACACAAAAUGUGGUCAGGCCUUAGAAUGGAGAGACUGGUUAAAACUUCAUUCCCAACAGCAUCUGUUUCUAGGCUAAAACACUGUCUUGGCCUAAUACCCUCAUCUGAAACGUCUGGAAUCUUUAAGUGCUUAGGAUUUUAUUGUUUAACUUGUUAAAUUCAUUACUCAAAUGUGAUGCUCUUCUUUAAGUAAAACCUGCCAUGUAUAUUCUUACUUUAAAGACUGCAUUUUACUGAAAUUUACAAGACAUUCUCAUGACUGUCCAGGUACACUGUGGAAAAAAAAGUCUCUCCAACUCGUGUUAGCAAGCAAGCCUAAAGUAAACCUAGUGUCCAUCAAUGAAAACAGAGCACCCAGACUGCUCAGGUGAGCCCUCUAGUUCCAUAAAUAAAACAGACAACUAGGUAUCCCCUCUGACACUUUUCUGGAAAGGUUUUAGCAGGAUAUUCAUACUGCCCUGAAAUAUUGGAGAGGAGUCAAGAACCCCAACAUCAGCCUUAUCAAUGAACCAGUCCAAAUAGUUUAUUCUGAACUGACUUGAUCCAAUACAAAAAUAUUCCCAAUGACUGAUAUUAUUUCUGCAUUUAAGGCUGGGUUUUUUUUAUCAAGACCCUGGGUUACCAGGUAUCAUCUUAGUAAAAAUCUCACCCUAAUUAAAACAUUUUUACUGACUAUACCUGCAUUGGGUCUGCAAACUGUUACAUAAAACUGUGAGAUGCUAAGAAAAUUCCACUUCAAAUGCCCACUAAUUUUUAAUUAAAUCUCACAUGUCACUGGGCACAAGAAAUCACUGUGUAGUUGUUUCUGGAAAGUCACACUGUUGACAGACAAUUCAGGCUAAAUCUGAAACACUGAUUCUUCCAUGAGUUUGUUGUGUCACAUUCAUUUAGGAUACUGACAGCUUUGUCAACCUCAAGGGUAACUAUUUUUAAGAAUGUAAAUAUGUAUUAAUUAUUAUCUUUUAUGGUCAUUUUGCAUACUGCUUCUAAGAACUAUUACAUAAAUUGUUAAAAAUAAAAGGAAUCGUUGAAUUACUGACCACACACAAAUGUAUAUACUGUCACCAUGUUUUUUCAAAUGCAGGUUUUCACCAAUUUCUGGGUUUAAUAUGGUUCAUAUUAUUAGGACCCAAGAAUUCUGCAGGAGUUAAAAAGGCUAAGAAACAGUUUUUGUUAUCCUAAUAAAGUGCUAAUCAGUGAUAAAAUUAGCUUAGGCUAAAAUAAACUUAAUUUUUAAAGUU